AUGUCUAUCGUGUUGUUUCUCUCACCAUCGCGUGAAGCCGAGGAUUGUUCGGAGUUCAACGAACUUGCUGCUUACGAUAUUGCCGACGGAAUCUACGACGUCACAUUUUCCAACCAUGAUCCUUCCCGCGCACGAUUUGAUAUUCUUUCCUGUAAUUAGAACAAAUACCAUGACUGUAUCAUUGCCACAUCCUCCGUAGAUAAGUUGAUUAAGUUUUGGGAAGUUAGAAGCUUUAGGGUUCCGAUUUCGUUGCUUAAUGGGCAUGAGUAUGCUGUUAGAAAGGUGCAAAAUUUUCCGCAUGUGUGGAAUUUGAUGGUUUUUUGUUCUUAUGAUAUGACUGUUUGUGUUUGGGAUUUCAUGGUGGAUGAUGCGUUGGUGAGUAGGUAUAUGAUCAUCAUACUGAGUUUGAUGUUGGGGUUGAAAUGAGUGUGCUUGUUGAAGGGCUUAUUGCUAUUACUGAUUGGGAUGAGUUUGUUUGUUUGGAAAUGGAAGAGAUGAAAGAGGGAUAAAUGAUUAGGUGUGGAGGGUUUAUGUUACUAUCAUAGACUUCAAAUAAAUCUAACCAUAUAUCAAUCGCGGGCUAAGAAAUCAGAAAGGGGUUAAAUCGUAGGAAUUAAAAUUGCUCAAAAAAAUUAGGGGGUCCAAAAUCGCAUAAUUGAGAAACUUGAGGGGCUAAAAGUACAUUUAAGCCUUGAAAUUAUUAUGUGUUUUGUAUUGUGUUCAUGUCUAUCUUAUUGCUUCAUAAUUAGGUAGUGAGAGAACGUGCCGAUGGAAAGUGUUUAAUGAAAUGGUGCUUUCGAUGAGUGGCAACAUACAAUUAUAACCAUAAUUUGUAAUGAGAUAUGAUUAUGAAUAUGAAUGUCCUUAAUCUUGAUUUUGGAUAAGGGCUUAGAAUUUUGAGAUAGUAGUAAUGAGAUGGGUUGUCAGGAUUUAGCUGCCACUAGACAACUAUAUUUAAAGAAAUCAGUUUAUGUAAUUCCUGAAUGUUCCAACAAAAUUUAAGAAAAAGUUCAACCCUGCUCUCUUCCCCCUCUGAAAUUUAGUGGCCUUUAAGUUGGCUUGAAUGGUCGUGUGGCGACAACCAGGCUAUGACUUCAAGCAUGUUGAGUGGGGAGAGAAGGUGGGCCUCUUCCACCAGAAAAGGUGGUAUGACAGUGUUAGGGAAAGUUGCCGUUCCAAAACCUAUAAAUUUACCCAGUCAGAGGUUAGAAAAUCACGGUAUAGACCCAAAUGUGGAGAUUGUUCCCAAGGGUACCCUCAGCUGGGGCAGUAAAUCACCAUCUUCUGCGUUAAGCGCAUGGGGUUCUUCUGUGUCUCCAAAUGCCAGUGGUGGGGCUAGUUCACCCAGUCAACUCAGUGCCCGUCCAUCAUCUGGUGGAAGUGGGACACGACCUUCAACUUCUGGUAGUGAUAGUGCUUCUGAACUAACUUCUAGAGCAUGGGGAUCAAACUCUCGGCCUUCAUCGUCAUCUGGGGUACUGACAUCAAGUCGGACUUCACAGACAUCAUUGCGUCCUCGCAGUGCUGAAACAAGACCCAGUAGCUCAGAAUUAUCUCGGUUUGCUGAACAUGUGACUGAAAAUUCAGUGGCUUGGGAUGUUGGUAGAACUGCAGAGAAAUUGGGAAUUACACAAUGCAAGAAUGAUGAUUUUUCUUUGAGAUCUGGAGAUUUUCCUACUCUUGGUUCCGAGAAAGAUAAAUCUGUACCUAAUUCUGAGUUGCAAGCAGACCACGAUUCUCAUAUUCGGCCUGACUCUUCUGCUGGACUCGGGAAAGAGAAAAAUGAGACCUCAACUGUAGUUGGUGUUCCUGUUCAUGCAAAUAGGAAGGGUGAAACUGAAAAUUCUUGGAGAAGAGACUAUCAGGCCUUCAAUGAAGAUGGUAUGGGACCUGGAAUAGAGAAAUGGCGGGGGAAUCUCCCGCCCUUUCCUAAUGCUGUUAUUCCACCUCAGCACUUUGAUGUUUGGUGUGGUGCUCCAGUAAACAACCAUCAAGGUGGUAUUUGGUUAAGAGGUCCACCUAAUGGCCCUCCAUUUGGAACUCCUGUUGCUCCAGGUGGCUUCCCAAUUGAACCGUUUCCAUUUUAUCGUCCACAUAUUCCACCUACUGGUUUUGCCAAUCCACCUCAAAUUCCCCCUCAUGGAUGUGGUCCAACAGGGCAUCAUAAAAAUGGAGAAGUCUACAGGCCCCAUAUGCCUGAUGCUUACAUUCCUCCAGGUAUGCCGUUGAGACCUGGUUUCUAUCCUGGCCCAAUGGCCUAUGAAGGGUACUAUGGUCCUCCAAUGGGUUAUUGUAAUUCAAAUGAACGAGAUGUUCAUUUCAUGGGAAUGGCAGCUGGUCCCUCUGUUUAUAAUAGGAACCCAAGUCAGAAUCCACCUGAGACUGGCAAUUCACACAGUAGAUCCGGUGGACUUGGUCCUGCUGUAAAACAGUUGGCCUUGGAGCCAGUAGAAUCCAGUCAUAGUCCUGAUACCUCAAGACCAUACAGAGUUCUUCUUAAGCAACACAAUGAGUGGGAUAGAAAAAAUGAACCAACAAACUGGGAGGACUCAUUAACAAAGAAUGCAUCAUAUGCCAAUGUGAGGGACCAACCAAGAAUGUCUGUCCAGGAGAAUGAUCAUAGAUGGAACACGGAGAUGGAUUUAAAGAGAACAAGUUCUCAUGGCAAAGCAGCUUCUUCUCAAACAUCGGGAAAUCAAGGAUCUAGUUCUGUCAAUAAUGCUAAGUCUCUUGAAAGUACAGGAAGCUUUAAUAGGUUUGAUAAUAUUUCGGCAAAGAAAACAGAUGGUGUAGCCUCUAAUACGCUAGAAAUUUCUUCAAGACUAUCAUCUGCCCCUAAAGAUUCCACUUUGAUUCAGAAGAUAGAGGGUUUAAAUGCAAAAGCCAGGGAUGUAUCAUCUACUAAAAGUAAAGAGGAGAGGAGGAAUAAGUUUCAUGCUGGUAGCCAUGUGGAAAAUGAAGCCAGUGGUGGUGGUGUAUUUCCCGAGGCAACCCUUGCCGCUGAACCCAGGCAAAUUACUCAUGGCAUGCAAGGCAGAGGCAAUUAUCGUAAGGGAAGGCUCAAUACUCGAGAUACUGAUGAUUGGCGAAAGAAACCUGGGGUCAUAGAUUCUUCAACUUCAUCAGGUGUACAGUUGGAAGCAUCUAGCAUUCUUGUUGGCGAGCAUCAUAUAUCUGUUGAUGCCUACGAAAGGUCCAGGUCUUAUAGCCAAGUAAGGAGCGGAGGAGAAUCUAUGCAAACCUUAUCUGAUUCAGCCGAUAGCCAUGAACAGCGUGCUAAAACAAAUGAGUUAGCCAAGCAAGGGACGAAGCAACUACAGAAGGAAGAGGUGGAGUGGAAUAAAAAGCAAAAAGCUAAAUCUCUAGUGAAGUUAGAGGAGGUAAACAAGCGCACACAAGCAGUGAAAGGUUCAAUGCAGAAAGUGUAUGCUGCAAAUUCUGCCCUACAGAAUAAGAAGGAAGAAUUUCAACCUUUUGAAUCAGCAACAGUAUUGAGCAAAUCUGGGGCAGCCAAUUCAUCUGUAAUGCCGAAUGACAAUGAUGCAUGUCAGAAUGUUGUAAAUCAUAUUCAGUCAGUGGCCUUGGACCAGGAUGUUAAUUGUGCCGAUGACACUAAUGCUAUACACUUACAGGCUCACAACAAUGUUGACUCAAAGCAGAAAAGAGCAGGCUAUAAACAAAAGCAUAAUCUUUCUCUAGGCAAGACUUUGAAUGUUUCUACCACCUCAACUUCUGCAAAAGACGAGAAUGACAAAAUGGAUUAUGUUAGUGUGUCUUCUGGCAGUGUUACGAAUGAAGUAAGUUCAGCCUUCGUCUCAGGUUUACCCAUGAAUUCAACUUCUAUGGUUGAGUCAUCUGUAAACCCAAAAAGAAAGAAUAACCCGAGUAGCAAAAACAAAGAGAAAGUUGAAGAGAUUUCAUUGUUGGGUGCAUUACCAACAACAAUACCGCAGGAAGCCAAUCAUUCUACAAGCUUUGUUGAAAACAAACUCAUGGAAGACAUCGAGUUAGAUCAGGGUUUACUUCAGUCCUCAUCCUUGUCUAAAGACCCAAAUCAGAAUUCAGAACAAAGAUAUUCUGAAAAUGAAGAAUCUUAUGGUAAAAUGAAUCGCCAGUUGAAAUCACAGCAUUCUCGAAGGAUGCCAAGACACAUGCAAGCUAAUAGACAAGCAGAUAAUUCCCAUGGGAGUGAUGUUUUGAUGUGGGCCCCUGUUAAACCACCGAACAAGGUAGAGAAGAUUAAAAUUGAGGUAAUUGUUCCUUCAAAGAGUGACCAGAAGGUAAAUAGUAUAAAAAAUAAGAGGGCUGAAAUGGAGAGAUAUGUUCCAAAACCUGUUGCAAAAGAAAUGGCUCAGCAAGGAAGUUUACAAAGAAUGGUGUCCUCAAUAAGUCAGGUUCCUAUGGAUGAAUGUGUUGAUGCUGGUUCUCAAGGUGUUGGAAAAGUGGGUUCUGUAAUGGAGUCUAAAAAUGGAGAUAGCUGGCAGACUAGGGCUUGGAAGGGAAAAACACAUGGGUCAUGGCGGCAAAGGAAUUCAACAGAAUCAAAUGAUGUGCAUGACAUGCAAGAUGGAGUGAACCGUGGUUCUAGCUCCUAUCAAAAUAUUCAGAUACCGAUGGAGCGUCAGCAAGUGCAGAUGUCUGAAACAAGCUUGUUGAAAGGACAAUCGAAGUAUGCUAAUGAGACUAGUAAACCUGAUGGCAUAAACAAUCCAGCCAAUCAUGAUUCAGAUGUUCCAGUUUAUGUUCCUAUUAUUAAAGAUCAUAAAGCAAUGGUCAGGGAGAGGCAGGUUCCUUUUAGACGACAGAAGGAUGCAGGUGUGAACCAUGAUGUUGAUCUGAAGAAAAAUGCUGGGGCUACUAGGAAAACUGAAACACUGGUAUCAUCCUCCGUGCACAAUCAGCCAGAUAUCAAGGUUGUUUUAAAGGAAAGUCAGAGUAUUGGAGAACAUGGGUCAUCUCACUGGCAACCCAAAUUUCAGGCAUCAAAUAAUCAGAGAGGAAAUAGACCCAAGAAAAAGGAGUUUUCUCUUCACGUUGGUGUAUCAUUUCCGGAUGGUCAAGAUAAGGAGUCUAGCCCUCUUAUUGCACAACCUCCCAGUCAAUUAGUCUCUGAGAAGAGCAAGGGUCGAGAAGUUCCAAAUCUUGGGAUCCCGGAAGCUAUAAGAGAGAGUAGAAAUGCUCCACGUAAAGGCCAUGUCCACUCCCCAAAUCAUGUAGCUGUUAGCUCAAGUGAGCAGGCUCCUACAAGUAUGGACCCUAGGCAUCGGCAACACCCAUCAUCUGGAGUUCGCAAAAAUGGAAACCAUAACCGUUUUGGGAAGGUACAUGAAUCUCAGGGAGAUUGGAAUUCACAUGGGCAAGAUAACAGACAUUAUCAUGACCGAGAAAGACAAGGUUCAAACCAUCAUUAUGAGUACCAUGCUGUUGGGCCACAUGGUGACAGCAAAUCAGACAAUUCUGAUCGAUCCAAAGAUGAUAGCUAUCACACUGGGGGAAGAUUUAGGGAGAGGGGUCAAACUAACUCAAGACGUGGUGGUGGAAACUUCUCUGGACGCUAGCUAGAGUGGUGGUUUUGAUUGGAAGCUGUUAGUGAGUAGGUUUUUAUACUCCAACAUUGUUUUUAUGCUCCACCAGAAACCAUAUAUUUAUUUAUAAGUGCUAUGUUCAGUCAUGUUGAUCGGAUCCAUUGAGUUUUGAUUUUGAAUGGUAAAUGUAGGUGCUUCAGUUAUGUUCUGAUAGUCGGUAGGCAUUGAGCAGGGCUACAAAAGUGGAGAUUUGAUGGCUCCCCAUGUGGUUUAUUUGUUUCUGAUUGGAAUUAGUAGUUUAUUUUAGUUUCAUCGAGACUAUCACUGCUUCUUUCCUACCACAAUGGUCUAUUGACUUCACA